CCGUCUUCCACCUCUCGCAUCUUCUUGCUAAAUAAAGCAAGUAGCAAAUUGAGGAAAGUCCACUUGCAAUUAGUUGCAGCCACCACCAAGAAAAGCCUCCCUCUCUCCAUCUCCUCCUCCCAUAAGGAAACCUUUGAGCUUUCUUCUUCCAGCUCCCCUAGAUCUCCUACUUACCUUCUUUGGCUACAACACACAUUCACUGCCUUCGGCUUCCGGUCCGUCAGAGAGAGAUUUCAUCAGCUUCCUCUAUCUCCUGGCUCUUAAUCAGUCGGGCCAUUUUUAGUUUGUGUGUUGGGUAGGAGGAUAUGGGGAGGGGAAAGAUCGUGAUCCGCCGGAUCGACAACUCGACGAGCCGGCAGGUCACCUUCUCCAAGCGGCGGAACGGGAUCUUCAAAAAGGCCAAGGAACUCGCCAUACUCUGCGACGCUGAGGUCGGCCUCAUGAUCUUCUCAAGCACGGGACGCCUCUAUGAGUACUCUAGCACCAGUAUGAAGUCGGUGAUAGAUCGGUAUGGCAAGACCAAGGAAGAGCAGCAGGUUGUCACAAAUCCCAAUUCGGAGCUUAAGUUUUGGCAAAGGGAGGCAGCAAGCUUGAGACAACAACUGCACAACUUGCAAGAAAAUCAUCGGCAGUUGAUGGGAGAAGAUCUAUCUGGACUGAAUGUUAAGGAACUGCAGUCCAUAGAGAAUCAGCUGGAAGUAAGCCUACGUGGCGUCCGCACAAAGAAGGACCAGAUCUUGUUUGAUGAAAUUCAUGAACUGAAUCGGAAGGGAAGUCUAGUUCACCAAGAAAACAUGGAAUUGUACAAGAAGAUCAGUAUGAUUGGCCAAGAAAAUGCUGAGUUAUAUAAGAAGAUAUAUGAGGCUGAAGGACCAAGUGAAGUCAAUCGGGAUUCACCUACACCAUACAACUUUGCAGUUGUUGAAAACAGGAAUGUUCCUGUGCAACUUGGACUCAGCACACUGCCUCAACAGGAUGACACUGAGCAAUCAGCUGCUCCAAAGCUAGGAUUACAGUUAAAUCCAUGAGACAUAGAGAUAAUCCUCUAAGCUGAAGAGGAUAUUGUUUGAUGUAAAGAGUUGAUAAUGAGAGCAAGACAGAGCAAAGUAUUUAUUCAAUGAGUCAUUGAGAAGUUAACUUGUAAACCUAUUGCAAAUAAGUGUCACACUGAAAUUGAGGGCACUAUUGUUUUUAUAACAAUUUUUAUCGUACAUGUGACUCCAUAAAUUGAAUAGGCAUAAGUCCUCAUGGAAAAUGGAACUGUUAUGUGUGC